AUGCUUGGUUUACGGCCUCGUCUUCGACCUCGACCUUCCCUCCUAGAUCUUGUGCGCAAGGUCAAAAACGAAGAACAGCUGCCACCCCGCCCCAGCACCUCCCACGAGACAGGCACCCACCCCAAGCUCGUUCCGCUUCCCAAGAGCCCGAUUCUCCUCCCGCAGGACGAAUCCGACGACGUCGAGACUCCACCGCCUUACUCGCCAGUCGACGUAUUGAAGCAAGAAGAGAAAAUAGACAAGAUGCCACCUAAACAGCAGAAGAAGACCGACGAUGACGAACAGACGGGAACCGUUUUCUCCAUCUCUGGGCCCGUCAUCGUAGCCGCUAACAUGAUUGGAUGUGCUAUGUACGAGCUCGUCCGUGUCGGUCAUGAGAGCCUCGUCGGUGAGGUUAUUCGAAUUGAAGCCGACAGGGCUACCAUUCAGGUCUACGAGGAGACUGCUGGUGUGACGGUCGGCGACCCUGUCGUGAGGACGGGCAAGCCCCUCUCCGUCGAGCUCGGCCCUGGUCUCAUGGAAACCAUCUACGACGGUAUCCAGCGCCCUCUCAAGAGUAUUGCCGACGCAUCGAACAGCAUCUACAUUCCCCGCGGUAUCAACAUCCCCGCUCUCGACCGCACGAAGAAGUGGGACUUCACACCCGGCAAAUACAAGGUCGGCGACCACAUCACCGGUGGUGACGUCUUCGGUAGCGUCUUCGAGAACAGUUUGCUUAGCGAUCACAAGAUCCUAUUGCCUCCUCGCGCCAAGGGAACCAUUACUCGCCUUUCAGACAAGGGCAGCUACACCGUAGACGAGAAGAUCUUGGAACUCGAGUUCAACGGCGUCAAGACUGAAUACACCAUGGUGCACCAAUGGCCCGUCCGUGUACCGCGCCCCAGUUCCGAGAAGCUUUCGUCCGACCAGCCUCUUGUUGUCGGCCAACGUGUGCUUGAUGCGCUUUUCCCCAGUGUCCAGGGUGGUACUGUGUGUAUUCCUGGUGCUUUCGGAUGCGGCAAGACUGUCAUCAGUCAGUCGCUCUCCAAAUUCUCCAACUCUGACAUCAUUGUCUACGUUGGUUGCGGAGAGCGCGGAAACGAGAUGGCUGAGGUGUUGAUGGAUUUCCCUGAGCUGACCAUCGACAUCAACGGAAAGAAGGAGCCUAUCAUGAAGCGUACUACUCUCAUCGCCAAUACCUCCAACAUGCCUGUGGCCGCUCGCGAAGCCUCCAUCUACACUGGCAUUACUGUUGCCGAAUAUUUUAGGGACCAGGGCAAGGACGUUGCUAUGAUGGCCGAUUCAUCCUCACGAUGGGCUGAGGCUCUUCGUGAGAUAUCGGGUCGUCUGGGAGAGAUGCCUGCUGACCAAGGUUUCCCCGCCUAUCUGGGUGCCAAGCUGGCCUCUUUCUACGAGCGUGCUGGUCGCGUCACUGCGCUCGGUAGCCCUGAGCGUCACGGCAGUGUCAGUAUUGUCGGUGCCGUCAGCCCUCCGGGUGGUGAUUUCUCAGACCCGGUCACUACGAGUACACUCAACAUUGUACAAGUUUUCUGGGGUCUCGACAAGAAGCUUGCGCAGCGAAAACAUUUCCCGUCUGUGAACACUAGUCUCAGUUACAGCAAGUACACGACACCGCUAGACAAGUACUACGCGAAACAUAACCCAGAGUUCCCUCGCCUGCGCGACCGCAUCAAGGAGCUUCUGACGACAUCCGAAGAUCUCGACCAGGUCGUGCAACUUGUCGGUAAAUCUGCCCUAGGUGAUGGCGACAAGAUUACUCUGGACGUUGCAACACUACUCAAAGAAGAUUUCUUGCAGCAAAACGGAUACUCUGAUUACGACCAGUUUUGCCCACUGUGGAAGACGGAAUGGAUGAUGAAGAACAUGAUGGCGUUCCAUGAUGAGGCACAGAAGGCAGUUGCGCAGGGUCAUCCGUGGGCAAAAAUCCGGGAGAGCACAUCAGAGGUGCAGAGUCAGCUGCGCAGCAUGAAGUUCGAGGUGCCUGGUGAAGGCGAGGAGAAGAUCACGAAAAAGUACGAGGAACUUCUCCAGCGGAUGACGGACAAGUUCGCGUCUGUGGUAGACGAGUAA